GUGCAAGUCGUCUACGCGUCAAUUGUGACCCUUCGCGUGUUCCGCGAAUGCCUGAAUACACCGCGAAUGACUCGUCGUGUAUUGCACGAAUAGUAUCCCUGCGGUCCCGCUGCGAUCACAAGCAGUGUUUGCGACUACGCCGCCGCUGCGCCCGAAGUGAAACAGGGGCUCGCCUGGCGUGGACCAAGCGCUGUAGGGCUGCGUCUGUGUGAGCGCAUGUGCGUAUUGCGUGUGACGUGCAUGCUAUUAUGAGUUGUAGCAUGUGUUUCAGGUGAGUGCUGAGGGUCUUGAAGGUGAACCGGUAAUGAAGAAAGUUGUCGGAC